AUGUCUUCCUCACGACAAGGACAGAUACCUCCUCCACGACGGACUCGACCGAGCACAGAGACACCCCAAUCGCAGUCAUCUUCAACUCAUCGCCAAAGUUCCGAACAAGUUCUAAAUCCUGGUAUGGAAGAUGCCUUGUCCUUUUUAGGACGGAUGCUUCCUCAAGGACAGGUUCAGUCAGGCACGGAGAAUGUCACGCCCCGCCUUGAAGAUGUUUACAAGGACAUAGAAAGAUGGGUGGAUUUAUGCACUCGGCCUGUUCAGAGGGAAGAAAGCGAAAAAGAGCGCAAAGCUCUAAUUGGCAAGAUUAAGACGCGCCUCGGACUCGAGCACGAUUUCGCAGAACACAACAAGAAACAAUCUGAAGCGGCGAACCGACAGAUAGAGCUGAACAACCAAGAACUAUCUAAGUUGAUGGAUGAAUUGGCCAAAUCAGAGGAAUACGCGAAGGGUCUCGAAGAGAAACUACAGCCACUUUCACCACCUUCUUCCAGGCCUGAGGAACGCGCGAGGGCUCUCGAUUAG